AUGUUGUUAGCUCUAGCUAAUGAAGAAGUUCUCCAGGGAAUAGUUGAAAGUUUGCUUCUGCUGAAAUAUCACAUCCCACAACUGAGACUAGUAAUGAAUAGUCAUAAAGAGAGGGGUGAAGGUAGAUUUGGAUUUUUAGAUAUGUUUAUGGUUGGGGAGAAUGGCCAG